AGUGCUCAAGGUCCUUCUCCUAGCACUGAUACUACUAGUGGUGUUGCUCAAGGUCCUUCUCCUGGCACUGAUACUACUACUAGUGGUAUCGGUCAGGAUCAUAGCGCUCCAUCGGUUGAUUACACCUCGGACGAUGCAUAUUUCGAUCUGGAUCCUGCUGUAUAUUACGAGCAAGAGAACAAUUCGUGCGGAUUUAUCCCCUCCUUGACGACCGAACCGUUCUCAGACAACACAAACUCGUGCACGAUCGAAGAUGAUUCACCGAGCGAUGAAGUUCUUGAAGGGCUCUUUCUGCAACAGUAUGUCAAGGUUAUCGGCCCAUGGCUGGACGCCUUCGAUGUGGGCAAAUUUUUCAGUCAAGUUGUUCCCCUCGAGGCACUGGGCAGUCCUCUACUGCGGACAAGCAUUUCAGCAGUGGCAGCAAAGCAACUUGGAAAUUUGCAGGCUCUAGAUUCUGUCGACAUUGACACAUGUCAACGCCGAAUUCUUGCCGAAUACGCCCGCCUUUGUCCACUGGAUAUGCUGUUUCAGGCUGCGAGGUUUUACGACAAGGCCAUCCGCCAUAUCCUUCACAUGUUGCAAUCACUGAACAGUCCUCACCAGCGUCUGAACCAUCACAUUAUUGGUUCUUAUCAGCUGCUCCAAAUUGGAACUGAACCAGAACACAUCCUAUCUGAUGUUGAUAGUGAAAGAUUAGAGAGGGCCAGGGAGGCGACUUUCUGGAACCUCGUCUUCUUUGAUAUAACAAACUCCUUCGUUACAGGAUCCCAAAUGACCCUCAGGAUAAGCAACAGCACGAACUUGUGGACACAGUUUGGUCUAUCGAUGCUGCAGCGUGCUGGUCCAUGCUACCCUUCAUGCUUGGGAGAGGAGAGCUCAAGACCCAAAAUGGAUGAGAAAACAUCUUGCCAGGCGGCACUCUGGCUGUGCUCAAGGGUCGUCAACGACAUCGCUACCAGAGGGACCGUAGGCGCCGCUUUUGCCACGUACGGUGUCGAAGACGAUUCCAUUGCUCAUUGGGCCGAGACAGGAAACUUACUAAGGACAUGGCGAGCAAGAAUUCCGGAUUCAUUCACCCCUUAUCUAAGAGUGCGCUCCACGGCAGGGGCGCAAUCUUCUACAGAUGGUCUAUCGGCAGUCUUCUAUGCGAGCCCAUUAGCGGCCAGCACACUAGUACUCCAUCAUUUCACCUGGCUGCUGGUUUAUCUACAAGGCCCACCCCCCCAGGAUAGGCUUCGAAUUGGCACGGCAAGGCUGCAAGCAUAUCGCGACAUCUCUAGACAGGUUGAGCACCAUGUCGAAGAGAUAGCCGGGAUUGCCGCGGGUGAGCCACAGCCAUCAGUCAAGGUGCAGUUGCUACAUCCUCUGUACCUGGCUGGCUGCUGUGUUGAUACGCACGAAAUGAAAUCGGCGCUCAUCAACUUGAUGACAAACAUCCAGCGGUGUACGGGAUACCCAGUACAAUGGAGAACAGAGGAGCUUCAGGGGCAUUGCGCGACCACCGGCAAUGGGGAAACUAGCACUCAUGGUUCACGGCCAGGGUGUACUUCAACGUCAGGUAGUACA